AUCUGAAAGAAGAAACUGAACAAGGGAAGAAAUGUGAUGUUGAAAAACAAACAAAAGAAGCCUGUAAAAGUGAAACUGACCAAACGUGUGAAAAGAUGGAUGAAGCGAAGCAGGAUGGAAGCUCUGAAAACCAGCAAAUGAAGCCUUUGGAAAGCCAAACUGUGCACAAUGAACCCCAUCAAGCCUUGCACAGCAUGGAUGAUGAUGGUAAGAGAAUACCAGCAGGUGAUACUGAAAUCAAAACUGAAAGUUCUUUCCAAGUUCUUACCAAUGUCGCUGAAGACCCAACGACUGAGCAAGAACAUGGUCGCUUGGUAAAAGAUGACAAACCUAAAAUUAAUCAGUUGGCUCAAGAAAAUACGACUGGAGGAAUUGAGACAGUUGUAAAAUGUACUCCAUUAAACACUGUCCCAAAACAUGUGGAAAGAACAGAAUGCAUGGACGACGCUUCAGAAGCUUCUAAAGGUGUAAAAACUCAAAUUCAUGGUAAAGCCGAGCCUUUUGAUGGCAGUGAAGAAGGAGGCCUUGAUGGUGCUGGAUUAGACACCUUUGAAGUUUUGGACUCAAUUGAGGAUUUGACUGCAACAAACGAUGAUGAACAGAAUUUCUUUGAAGAUUCAGUCCAAGUUCUCAAAGCGGUUCUUGAGGACAAAGUAAUGACAGAUCCAGAAGAAACUCACCAGGCAAAAGAUGACAAUGCCACAUAUAGGGAAUUACCUCAAGAACAUACAAAUCCAGGAACCGAUGCAGCUGACAAAACAUGUACUAUUGAAAACCCUGACAGUAACAAUCAAGAAACAAGUGAAUCCUCAGAAGAUGUCACACAGGCUUCCAAAGGUGCAAAAAGCACCGAUACAGAAAUCCCAAGUGAAGACCAUACUUUUGAGGAUAGUGGAAAGGGAGCCCCAGAUAGUGCUACUAUUGGGCCAGACACUUUUGAGGUACUGGAUUCAGUUUGUGACCCAGCUGCAGAACAUAACGAACAUCUUAAGCCACUUCUUACCCAGAAACAGACAACUCCUAGUGAUAAUACACUUGAGGAUGAUGCCUCUCCUGUAGAAGUACUGGAAGAUGAGUAUCAAAUAAUUGAUUCUGUGGAAGAGGAGCCAACGACUACAGAGUCGGAGCUGGAAAAGGACAAAAGAAGCGAGAGAGAGAGUACUAGAAAAGAAGACAGACCAGAAAGGAGUGGUUCCUCUACCAGAGGAACACACAAAGGUGAGGACAUAGGGAAAUCACCAAAUAUAUAUGAUAGAAGAAUUAAAUAUGAGACCCGAGCAAAGAAGGAUCGCAUUCUAGGAACUUUUGAGAAAGAUAAAGAGAUUGCAAACUCCACUGAGGAGAUGGAGUUUCAGAUUGUAGAUUCUGUUGAAGAUGAAUCAGUUCAAGAUGCUGCAACCACAGGAAGGUCUAGCAGAAGGAGUUCAAGAAGAAAGGUGGAGCAGAAAACAGUUUUGGUUGUCACUGAGGCAUCAUGUAAACAAGAAGAAGGCGAAGAACCUUUGUAUGAAAUUUUAGACUCUGUUGAAGACGAGGCUACCGAUGAGCCGCCCCCCUCAAUGAGAGCUGCAAGAAAAAAAUCUGAAAGAACAACUCUGAAAGAAACUUCAAGUAAGAAAGAAGCCAUUCCAACAACAAAGAGAUGCACAACCAGAGUGUCACAGGAAAGACACCAAGAAAUGACACGGAAGAAAGAGGACGAGAUAGCUGAAGAAAGCACGUCAUCAAAGAAGUCCAAUGUCAUGGGAAGAGAGCAGCGUAACGGCAAAGCUUCCACGAGAACGUCUGACUCGGGUCAGGACAAACCCACCAAGGAGGACCAGACCCUAACAACAAGAUCUACUCGAGCAAGAAGAGAGACUGUAAUGAAGAGAGAAGCUUCAAACGAGAAAGCGAAAAUGUCUCCAAAGGAAGACGUCGGAUCAAAAAAGAGGCGUGUCGUCAGAGAAUCGCAGGAAAGAAUCAGCCAUAGAACACCUCAAAAAGAGGAUAAAGUAAGUUCUCGCAAAGAGAGCACCAAAACAAAUCCAAGUGACAGCGGCAGAGAAAAGCUGCGCGAGGAGGAGGAUGUCACCUAUCAAAUUUUAGAUUCUGUGGAGGAGGAAGUGGUUAAAGAUGAUCCACCUACGAGGAAAGGAAAGCAGAAGGGAAGACCCAAGAAAGCAGCUACAAGGGAGAGCACGAGAUUAAAGGAGAGAGAUGGAGCAUCUGAAGAAAUGGCUGAAGCAAUGUAUCAGAUUCUGGAUUCCGUGGAGGACGAUGAUCUAUCCCCCAGUGAAGAGCCUGACACUUUGACACUGGAUAAAGUGUCAGAAAACGUUGAGAAAACAAAGCUCAACGACUCUCUCACUGGGUCGCCCAAGUUGAAAGAGGAAGAGGAGGAACCUUUGUAUCAGAUUGUCGAUUCUGUUGAAGAUGAAGAACUUAAUGUAAAAGGCCCAGUGACAGAAGACACUGAAGGGGGGAGGAACCAGAGAAGAGAGCAGAACAAGGAAGCACCUCCUGCUAAAAAUGAUCCACCUAUAUGCCCUACCAGCACUGCUGAGGACAUGGGAAAACAGGAGACUCUGUACCAUGUUGUGGAUUCUUUAGAGAAUGCACAACUAGAUCAGGAUCUGUUGCGUGCAGAAGUCUGUGAUGAAGGCAAGGAGGUCAGUACUUGGAAAAAAGCUCCAAAGAAAGAGGACAAGGCUGCAAAGACAUUUCCUGCUGGUGAUACUACAACACCUGAAGGGGGUAAGAUGCCAAAACCGCAUGAGAAAAACCAACAGAGGGGCCGAAGCAAAAUGGCAGCAGGAGCAGCGAGCGCUCUGGUGGACCUGGAGGAAGUGAGUGAACAGGAGGAAGAUUUUUCAGACUCUGCCUUCGACGAGGAGAAGCCUGGAAAGAGACAAGCCACUGCAAGGAAAAAACAACUUACUAAUAAUGACCAACGUAAUAAGAUGAAAGAUAGGGGACAAAAGCGCAGGAGCCAUGACAGUGGUGGUGACGCUGUGUUGAAGAGGGUGAGGGGGAGAGAUGAAGAAAUGGACACAAAGGAGCUGGUGACUCUGGAUGAGGUGGGAGCAGAUGAGUCUGAAGAGGAAAUGAGAGAGGAGGAAAACACACUAAAGAUGAAAGAGUGGGAUGGAGAGAUCACUGAAGGAAAGCUAGAUGAGAAUGUAAAAGAGGAGGAGACAAAGGCAGAGCAGAGUGCGCCGGAGCCCCUCCCACCCAACCACGAGCACGAAUCUGUGAGCCCAGUGAACUCAGAGGUGGUGUUGACUUUAGAUGAAACAGACGAUGGCAAGAAGGAAGAAGCUGAGAAACCCUCCAGAGUAGAGAAACGCAGACACAGUGAUGUUCCAGAAGAGAUGUCGAACUUUGUGACUGUGGAUGAGUUGGUCGCUGUUGAGGAGGCGGAGCAGGAGGUGGAGGAGGUGACAACCAAGGCAAGUGGCCGACCCAACAAGAGAAGCCGACAAACUAUCGCCACAGUGAGAAAAUCCACUCGAGGAAACAAAGGUUGUACAAAAGAUGAGAAAAAAGAGGAGUCACCCGGCGCUGAUGCACCGCCUCCCACAGCUCCCGGUGCCUCGUCUUCAUUGGACGGAGACAUGCCAGCGUUGAGCGAUGCACACCCACAGGCCCAGAAAACCGCGGCCAAAAUGGAAGGAAGGAAUGAAGACAAACUCGCCAACUCCUCUGGUGGGGAGGAGCCUAAGAUCACAGACCAAAAACUGAGAGAGGAGGAGGAAGAGAAAGAGGUGGCAAGACAGAGUGGAACUGCUGCUGAAGUUCCAAGUAAACCGAACAAGGAGCUUGUUGAACCUGAAGCAAAGCGACCUCGCGCUGAGUCUCUGUGUGCGCCUGCUGGUGUCAGUCUGCCGCCGUUCAAACCCGACAACCCGCUGGGCCAGGAAUUUGUCGUUCCAAAAUCUGGGUUUUUCUGCAGCCUUUGUUCCAUUUUCUUCACACGUGAGAGCGUGGCAAAGCAGCGCCACUGCGGCACCCAGAAGCACUACGACAGCCUACAGAAAUAUUAUCAGAACCAUCAACGGAAAACGAGAUCAUCAAAGCAGCUUUCUGAACAAGCCUCUAGUUCAAAUUUACCGUAAUUUCUUAUAUAAAGAAAACCAGUAUUUUGUUCUUUUUUUUUUAAGGUGUUCUUACAAAAGUGACACAUUUGCAUAAUUAUUAAUGAUGCUUGAAGAAUUUGAAGGAAAAAUCAUAUAUGGGUAAAUAGAUUGAGAUCUGUUAGUCAUACUACUAUCAAAUAUUCAAAUCUGUUGAUCUUUUAUGUAAGUUUAUGUAAAUGCACAGAAUAAUAUUGUAAUUUUUGUUUUGUUUUUUAUGAAAAUGUUGCCCUGAU